GCCUGCGGUGGGGUUCGUCUCCUGCCGCCACCGUGCCACCGGCAUAUGCCGCGUAUUCGUUCUCCGAUCGGCAGAGCGCGGGAACCCGAUUGCUUGCGAACUUUCGCUCGCCCUCCCGACGCCCGUCUCACUCAUCCGACUCAACCAUGGCAAAGAAGAAGAGCAAGCAGAUCAUCCGGCCGUGGUGCUGGUAUUGUGAGCGGGAGUUCGAAGAUGAGAAGGUUCUGAUGCAGCAUCAAAAGGCCAAGCACUUUAAGUGCAACAUGUGCCCUAGACGUCUCAACACAGCAGGUGGUCUCGCAGUUCACAUACAACAAGUCCACAAGCUUGAGCCAGACCAGUUGCCUCGUAUCGAGAACGCUCUUCCAGGCCGAGAUGGCUACGAAGUGGAGAUCUUCGGUAUGGAGGGUAUCCCUGCGCCCGACGUGGCAGACUAUAAGCGACGAAAGGAGAUCGAGCUAGGGCUCAACCCUGGUACAAUCUCACAACCGCAGUCCAAAAGGCCAAAGCUGGACAACCGUGCACUCACCGAGGAAGAGCUGAGACAACAGCUCGAGGCUCACAAGGCGCUCAUGGGCGCAGGCGAGAAGACCGCAGCCCCUACAGCGCCUGAUGCCUCAGGCGCUGUCUUCGGUGCUCCUCCACAGGCAUAUUCCGCACCGCCUGUUCCCGCCAUGAUGCCACCCCCGUCGGCAUCUCCGCCAGGGAUGAUACCGCCAGGUGCGCCGCCAUAUUUUCACGGGGCGUUACCUCCGCCAGGUUACCCAGGACCUCCCCCGUUUCCGCCGCCGCCUGGCAUGCCGUUUCAUCCAGGCAUGCCUCCUCCGGGCUAUCCCAUGCCACCCUUUGCAGGCUCCCCACCACCAGGUAUGCCACUGCCUGGUGCGCCUCCCUUCCUUCCACCGCCGGGCAUGCGCCAUCCCUUUCCUCCUCCUUUCCUGCCCCCGGGUGUCAGCCCGCCACCCGGCUUCACGCCUCCCCCAGGUGGUAACGGCAUGGUCCCGCCGACGCCUAUGCCUCCCGGUGCGCCGCCCCCGCCAGGCGUCAUGCCCCCGCAUAUGGGCGUCCCUAGAGCGUCGCCUCCUGCGCCUCCUGGUACAGUGCCUCCGACUACUGCACACCCUUCAUUGAACGCUGCAAACCCGCCAGUGGCACCGCCGCUAACGUUGCCGAACCCCAGUCUGUCGCAGACGAAUCCGCCAUUCAAGAAGGCGACGAUGCUUAAGUGGGACAACUCGAACUUUUCUCCCGUACGUCUUAUGCUAUCUGUUUCUUGAACCCGACUAACAUGAUGUAUAGGAGGAAAAGCGUGCGACGCAUCC